CUUUGACUGAGAGUGGUUUCAACCCACACUCAACGGGUUACUCGGGCUACGGAACUGAAGAGUGAAAAACUCCAGUCAGUCUUUGUCAAAGUUUUUUUUUUUAAUAAUCUGUUCGCAUCAUUUCUCUACCUCUGGAUUUCUAUAAACCACAGCUUCGUUGUCGCCUUUAAGUCUCAGGUAGACGAAUAGACACCAUGGUGGGAGUGGAGUGCGGAUCUGAGCGGGAGAAGGUGUGAUCGCAGUCCUUCCGAGCAGAGGGAGAAUGGCUCAGCGCGUUGUCCUUGACCUCAACCACCCCCUCAUUGAAUUUGGACUGGAGAGCCCCGUGGACGAGGAAGGCGUCCACGACUCGUUCAGCCAGCUGAUCGCAGAGCAGAAUGACCAUGACGCCGUGGAGCUACAGCAGCUGCAGAGACAACUGCGCGAGGAGGACCCAUACGAUGUGUCCUCCUUGUCCAGCCCUGGACGUGACUUCAGGGAAAGGAGGCAGGGACAAAGGAACGUGGAAAGGGAGGAGGAUGUAAGACAGGGAGACCCCCUCCUUGGCGAACGUUGGUCCUCGGACACCAUGAGGGUCCUGUCCUCCAUGCCCAGUCGCACCAUCGGUCGCAGCAGGGGAGCCAUCAUCUCUCAGUACUACAACAGGACCAUGCAGCUCCGGAGACGCAGGCAGAGCAGACCCGCCAUCCGGGACUUCCCCCACUCUGCCAGGCCAAGCAUACGAGGCUACGGCUUGGAGGCCGACACUACGGACGCAGAGGUGAGUAAGCGGGAUCGUUUGGUGAACAACCUUCAGAACCUGUCGGUGAGCGACCGAAUCCGGAUGCUCAGAGCGAUGCCUCUCAAUUUAACUGAGAAGCAGAAUCUCAGGGAGUUAACUUUGCAAAGGGGGAAAAGCCAGAAUUCUGCCAGUCAAAUCCCCUGUUGCAGUCAACUCAAAUAUUACAUCAUCAUCGGUGCCAGACACAGCUGGUACAGCUGGCUGUCCUUCCUGCACUCCCUUCAGCUGUGGCAGGUGCCGCUGAAGACAGUGAGCGGGCGCUUCGGCACCGGUGUCCUCUCGUACUUCCUGUUCCUCAAGACCCUACUCCUCUUCAACGUCUUCCUCUUCCUGGUGACAGGGGCCUUCUUGGUGCUGCCUCAGGCUGUGCACCCUCCCGCGCUGCACGCGGAGAGACGCUCCUUCACCGGACUGGAGCUCCUCACCGGAGCGGGCUACUUCUCGGACACAGUGAUGUACUACGGGUACUACAGUAACUACACCCUGAGUAGCCCCUGUAGGGAUGAUGAUGGAGAGCAGAGCAUUUCUUCGUCCAAUGGAACCAGCCCGGACUGCAAGUCCAAGCGCCUCCUGUACAACAUGCCGUUCGCAUACUUCUCCACCAUCGGAGUCUCUUUCUUCAUCACGUGUAUUAUCCUUGUGUACAGCAUGUCAAAGUCGUUUGGUCAAAGCUUCAGAAUCGACAACUCCCACAGUAUUUUGGCCAUGAAGGUCUUCUGCUCCUGGGACUUCAAGGUCAUUAAGAAAUCGUCUGUCAAACUCAUGUCUGAGAAUAUCUGCACGCAGCUCAAGGAGCUGCUAGCAGAGGUGAAUCACAAGCAUGUCAAGAACACUGGGUGCCAGAAGCUGUGGAGAAUGAUGGUUCAUGGCCUGGCAUGGACUAUCUGCCUAGCAAGCACCAUCGCCUGUGUGCUUGCUAUUUACUACUUCUCUGACCACAUGCAUCAGAACCUCCAGCAUACUUCUCGUAAUGCCAUGCAGGACCCCUUGUUGCAUGAGGCCAGCCUGCUGGCGCUCCCUGUGGUGGUCUCCCUCAUCAACCGGCUGCUGCCUGGCCUGUUCAACCUCGCAGCCUGGAUGGAGGACUAUGACUCACCUUCAGUGCGCACAUAUGUCGCCAUUGGCAGAAACCUGAUGUUAAAAGUAAGCGUGCUGGGAGUCCUGUGCUACCACUGGUUGGGUCGUGUGGCUGCUGACCCUGAGAUCAUUGGGCUGAAGUGCUGGGAGAGUUUUGUGGGCCAGGAGCUUUAUCGUUUCCUACUUAUGGAGUUCAUCUUCACUCUACUGGAGACCUUGUUUGGGGAGUUUCUUUGGAGGUUGUUUUCGGAGAAGGUGCUGAAGAGGAGGAGGAAGCCAGUGUUUGAUAUCGCCAGGAACGUCCUUGAGCUCAUCUAUGGACAGACGUUGGCCUGGUUGGGCGUCCUCUUCACUCCUGUCCUUCCUGCAGUGCAGAUUUGCAAACUCCUGCUACUGUUCUACAUUAAAAUGAGCAGCGUGAUGAUGAACUGUCAGGCCCCCAGGAAUCCGUACCGGGUCAGCCAGAUGACAACCGUCUUCAUCACUCUCCUCUGCUUCCCCUCCUUCCUCGGCUCCUCUGUUUGUGUCACAUUCACCAUGUGGAGGUUAAACAGGAAAAGGUUUGGCAGCCUCACGCCCUCCUCAUCGUGUGGUCCAUUCCGCGGCCUCAAAACUAUGAUCCAGGCGGGGAAGCGAUGGGUGGAAGCACUAGAAAAAGACAAUCCCAACCUGUCCGUGCUGGCCAGGGCUCACUCGUACCUGGUGGAAAACCCUUUCUUCCUGUUUGUGGGAGCAGGCAUCUUCCUAGUUAUCAUCUACUUCCACAGUCAGGUGGUGGACGGUCAAAGGAAGAUUAUCGCAUUGCUACAGGAACAGAUAGAAAACGAGGGAGAGGAUAAGAAGUUUCUGAUCACUCGCCUCCAGUCUAUCCACGAAAAGAAAAAAACUCCUGCUCGAAGACUCACCAGUCAGGAAUCCCGAUCAUGAGAUCCCAACCUCGAGUAGCUAAGACCAAUUGUAUGAGCACUGAGUGCUGGGGAGAUCACAGACCCGCAUGAAUAUAACUGGAAUGAUAACAGGAAAGGAGCUUGGUUCAAAUCCAAAUGUAAUGUUCAUUUAAAAUGUGGUUGGAUUUUACUGGGGUGUUUGUAGUGAGGCAAAAGGCACCAAGUGAAAACAUCAGGUGAAACAAAGCUGUGUGCUUUAUACGGUGCUGUUUAUAGAUGAAAUGCCUGAACUCCAAUGUUAGGAAGUGAAAUGUUUCAGAAUAACUGAUGCUAAUCAUUUCACAUGGAUUUCAGUCAUCUCUCGUAAAAGCACUUUCAUAUCAACUGUGAACAAUUUUUAUUUUUUUUAUUUCUUGUGCAUACAAUUGUAUGUUUUCUGCAAUGUUUCUAAAUGCUUCACAUUUUUUUUUUUUAUUAGUAUGUAUGUUGUAUAUGAGGUUAUGUUUAGAUACAACUGACAAUUAUCUGUUUGUUCAGUUUGUCCAUUUAGAGGUACAACUGCACCUGUAUUGUCAAACUAGUAAUUAAAUUAUGUUUUAUCAUC